UAGCACUGCUGCCUCUGGAGCAUUUUUGAUGGAGCGAUGGCGUGCUUUGUCUGGUGGCAGCCGUCGCAACAAUUGUCACCGGGCUUUCUAUCGUGGAGUGAGAUAGACGGUUACACCACCAUUGCUGCCUCCAUUUGCCGAGUCAUGUUGACCGACUGCUAUGAUUGUAGUCUGCCAUGUUCACGUGUCAAUAGUGGAUGAGAAACAUGGGAGACACAGAAUGUUCGUGGUACAAGAUCGAUCGUGACUGCCGUUUUAGAAAAUAGAUGUCGAUGGUGGAGGAAGAGCAGAGUCGCGACUCCAGUCCCAAGACUUUUGACAACGACUUCUCCAGAAUCUUGAACAAAAAUUUGGAUUUUAUUUUACCAUCAUCAAAACAAUAAAAUGUCUCCAACAAUUGCAAAACAACUCGCUUCAUCAGGACUAUCGCUGCCUGCUGACACAUACAUCUAUUCGUUGGCCCGGACGACAAGCCUUUGUGCUGCCAUCUCGUCCGAUGAUUCACUCCGCUAUUUCGAUCCUACAAACCUCUCGCUUGUGCACACUGUAUCGAAAGCUCAUCAGAGCAUCACAUGCUUAAAAGCGACAUCGGAUGGCAAAGGACUUGUGACUGCAGGAAGAGAUGGCACAGUUAGAUGCUGGGAUGAGCGAGGCAAAUCUGCUGGAUUACAGAUGACUGAUCCCCGCGGAGCUGGAAUUUCUGCGCUGGCAUGCCGUGAUACGUUGAUUGCUGCCGGCACUGAAAGCACCAAGGAAGGACUUGGUGAUGUUAGCGUGCUUUUGUGGGAUACACGAAAUGCUUCAAAGCCAGUUCAGGCAUAUGUCGAGAGUCACAAUGAUACCGUCACUCAGGUGGCUUUCCACCCGACACAACAACAAACACUUCUUUCGGGAGCCACUGAUGGGUUGGUAUCGAUCUUUGACACAACCAUCUCGGAUGAGGAUGAUGCAUUAGUUCAAGUACUCAACCACUAUGGUGCUGUCCACUGUGCCGGUUUCUUGAAUGCCGAAGAAGUCUAUGCUGUCAGCACAGACGAGCAACUCUCAGUAUACACACUGAGCAAGCCCACGGAUGCAGAAGACGCCACCCUCCCAGUCACAGCGUUUGGAGAUGUCAGAGAACAGCUGAAGAGCAGCUAUGUCGUCGAUCUCUUCCCUAACUCUCCUUCUGCCUACAUCGCUACUGGAGACACUUCUUCAUCUCGCCUUACUCUGGUCCCCCUGAACCCCAGCUGGUCUUUCGACAUGUCAGGCACCAUGGACUUCCCCGGCGCUCACGGAGAUGAGAUCGUACGGGACUUCCUCAUUGACAAUCACAACCAACGAGUCAUUACUUGCGGAGAGGAUGGCCAGGUCCGUCUGUGGGCACAAGAGGCACAAUCACAACCCGCCGAAGCAGAUGCUAUGGAGGUUGACGGCAAGAAAAAGAAGCGCAAGGACAAGAAGAAGGACAGAUUCAAGCCUUAUUAAACUCAUGCUAGAUCGUUACAGAAGUAGAGCCACAAACUAUCACGAUC